AUGACGUCCGAAGUGCCCUCGACUUCCUCCUCGUCAACCUCUGCUCCCGCACAGCACAAACCUCUGGUCGUUGGCCGUACCAAACCACAGUCUCCCGCCACCAUGGAUGCCUCAUCGAGUAGUGGCGGACCUGUAGACAAGGCUAUCCCCGCCGAGACCAAGGCGGCCCUCAACCACGAGAUCGCCGAGAACGUCAAAUCCAACACCUCAGCCCCGGCACCCGCAGACGAAACCGCGACCCCGUCCGCUGCUGGCAACAAAAAGAAGGAAAAGGCCCCCAAGCAGCCCAAGCAGCCGAAAGCCCCCGCCACGCCUGCAGCGCCCGUGUCGCCCGCCCUCAUCGACCUGCGAGUCGGCCACAUUCUUCGCGCAAUCGCACAUCCCAAUGCCGAUUCCCUCUACGUCUCCACCAUUGCCAUGGGCGACCCCGAAGGAACAGAACACACCCAAGUCGACGAGGAGAAAGGCAAAGUCGUGCGGACAGUAUGCUCAGGCUUGAAUGGCCUGGUGCCGCUGGAGGAAAUGCAAAACCGAAAAGUCGUGGUCGUGGCGAACCUGAAGCCGGUGAAUAUGCGCAGCAUCAAAUCCGCGGCCAUGGUUCUGGCUGCCUCCCCACCGGCGGAAGAGGGUGCAGACCCGCACGCGGCCGAUCGCGUUGUGGAGCUGGUCAAUCCUCCAGAGGGAAGCGAAGCAGGCGACAAAGUCUACUUUGAGGGCUGGCCGUACGGCGAAGGCAAGGGACCGGAGAAGCAGUUAAACCCCAAGAAGAAAGUGUGGGAGAGCGUACAACCGGGCUUCUUCACGAGCGAGGAGUUGGUGGUGGGGUUCGACGCAGGCAGGCCGGGCGUGGAGAUUGAAGGCGACAAGGAGAAGAAAGGCUGGCUGAUCGUGGAGGGGAAGGGCAAGUGUACGGUUCAGACGCUGAAGGGAGCCGUUGUGAGGUGA